AAUAGGAAUCAAAUGAACUAGAACCAUUAGAACGAAUCGUACGAACGGGGACCUGUAUAGGUAUAUAUACAGUGCUGGAAAGCCUCGGCUUGGAAGUUUAAGGGUGGGGACUUCAAAUGGACACCUAGCUAUCGCGCACAGCCACCGAUUCACGACUCCAUCAACUUAUCCAUGAGAGACAAUUAAUUUUUUUCGUUCGUUUUUGACUUUGCUGUUUGGAUAUAUACUUGACGGAAGAAAUUUCCAAAUAAAUAUUUUUUUCUACUUGAAUUGAAAAUUAGAAUCGAUUUGCCGGUACGGAGCACCAACUGCCAUUGAUUCGUGUUUAGAUAUACAUUUGUUUUGUUUCUUCGUCCGUGGGACUCCAAUCGAUUUAGUACCCGGUGAUGCUGUGAUCGUGAAUUCUGAGAAGACAUGAAAAUGGAGACGGGUGGACUUCUGAUGCUCGUCUUAUCCUUGUUCAUGGGGAUUUCUGUCGUAAGAGGGCAGUGCAGCAUCAACAACUGCAUAACAUGCGUAGAAGCUUCCGGUGUGACGUCAUGUUCCCAAUGUACCAACGGUUACUUCCCCUCGUCAACAAUCUGUGCCCCGUGUAACCAAGGAUGUUUAGAGGUUUCAAACGGACCAACGUGUGACGGAACCAACGGAAUCUGUUUCAGAGGCUGUAAGCCUGGUUCGGUUGGAGAAAAAUGCGAUCGUUGCGAUAGUAACUACUACAGUGCUGGAGGGACGUGUUACAGAUGUAGUGAUCAGUGCGUGAAUUCUUGUAACGGUGCAACCGGGGAUUGUUUUGGAGGAUGUCGUGAGGGAUACUGGGGACGCCGGUGCGAGAACACUUGCAGUCCUUUCUGUAUAGAUCAGAAAUGUUCCUACACAAAUGCCACGUGCACAAUCGGAUGCAUUAACGGAUUUUACGAUAAUCGCUGCGAGACACCAUGCGGGGCUUGCAAAUGUGACAGGCAGGCCGGGAAUUGUACUGGGGCAUGCGAUAAUGGUUGGUAUGGAGACAAAUGCGACAAAAGAUGUAAUUCUGCUUGUCAUCUCGAAGUCUGUGAUCGCACCGAUGGGCAUUGUACGUAUGACUGUCCGACCGGAUUUUACGGACCUUUCUGUUCCAAGAAUUGCAGCAUAGGAUGUCUUGAAGGGAAAUGUAGUCGAGACAAUGGUGUGUGCUCAACUGGAUGCAACGCCGGAUUUUUUGGUGAUAUUUGCAAUAAUCCGUGUAAUGCGAAUUGUAAAACGGGAUAUUGUGACAGAUCGGACGGACUCUGUGUUGGCGAGUGUGCAGACAGAUUUUAUGGUGAUUAUUGCUCGACACCUUGCGCUAGUACUUGUAGUGGAAACUGUGUAAAAAGCUCAGGAUCAUGUUCGGGUGAGUGUCAAAACGGCCGGUACGGCGAUGUCUGUGAAAAGAUAUGUACCGGUAGUUGUUCCUCAAACACAUGCGAUAGGUCCACAGGUGUAUGCCAAUCUAAUUGCAUAUCUGGUUUCUAUGGUCUGUAUUGUAACGAAUCAUGUAUCACCUGUGAUUCAGCUGGUUGCGAUAAAUCAAGUGGUGUGUGCAAUGGUCAAUGUGACGCUGGUUAUUAUGGUAGUAAGUGCACCAAUCCAUGUUCCCCCGGUUGUCUGACUACAUCAUGUCAGAAGACCAAUGGGGAUUGUGUAGGUGAUUGUAAGGUUGGUCUCUAUGGUGCAAGAUGCACACAAUCUUGUAGCUCUACAUGCAAUAAUUCAGUUUGUUCGAAAAGUUCGGGAGACUGCUUCAGCUGUACAAAUGGUCGGUUUUAUGGUUCAACAUGUCAAAGCCCAUGUUCCAACUGCGAUUCGAAAGGCUGUUCGUUUGAAACAGGUGUGUGUAUUGGGUCCUGUAUGCCCGGUUAUUAUGGCGCCAAAUGUGCUCUGCGAUGUAGUGCCAAUUGUGGAAAUCAGAUGUGUGAUCGAACAUCUGGGAAGUGUCAAUCAUGUAAAACAGGGUUUUAUGGAUUUAAUUGUACGGUGGGUUGUAACGUUAAUUGUCCAUCAAGUCUUUGUGACCAGGACACGGGGUACUGCUCUCAGAAUUGUUCGCUUGGUUCAUGGGACCAGACAUGCACUGAAAGGUGCAGCGAGACAUGUUUUCAGAACAGAUGCGACAGAGAAACGGGCUACUGCUUUGCUUGUGAUGAUGGGUCGUAUGGUCUGACAUGUCAGCUGAAUUGCAGCUCUCACUGCGCGACAGGAACAUGUGAUCGUACAACCGGUUCCUGUGUCGGUGUGUGUUCCGUCGGUUAUUAUGGAAAUAAGUGCGAGUCCCCGUGUGUGGAGUAUUGUAUCGGAUCUUGCCACCAAUCAACUGGUAUGUGUGACAACCCCUGUCCUCUCGGACGACACGGUGAUUAUUGUUCCCUUCUGUGUCAGGAAACUUGCGCUGGAACCGAGAACAGAUGUCUUCGAUCUACAGGGCACUGCGAGCUAGGGUGCGAUACGGGUAAUUUUGGGGUCUUUUGUGACUCUUCUUGUCUAAAUUGUGACAACAGUGGUUGCUACCAAUCUAAUGGGUCUUGUAUUGCAUCUUGUAAAGUAGGAUUUUAUGGUCCAUCUUGUAACAAGACAUGUAGGUCUACGUGUGAUGGAUUAACAUGCGCAAAGAAUAGUGGGUACUGCACAAAUGGGUGUAAAGCCGGUUAUUUCGGAAAUACUUGUGAAAAAUCGUGUAAUGUUAAUUGCGAUUCCAUUGGUUGUCAUAGGUCUACUGGAGUUUGUUUAGGCUCAUGUAAACCGGGUUAUUACAAUCCCACGUGUUCGGGAAUAUGUAGCUCACAGUGUAAAGGCGGAACAUGUGAACGUUUCAAUGGCACUUGCUCGGAGUGUAACAUUGGGUAUUAUGGACCCUUUUGUAAUUCAACAUGUAGUAAAUGUGACAGUCAAGGAUGCAAUCAAGCGGAAGGUAAAUGUUUCGGCAACUGCGAGGUUGGCUACUUUGGAGAAAAGUGUGACAAAUUCUGUACCCCAAACUGUGUAACGGCUUCUUGUGAGAAAUUAAGCGGAUACUGCUCGUCUUGCAAGGAUGGGUAUCACGGUCUCAACUGCACAUCUAGAUGUAACUCUUUUUGCAUCGGAAGUAAAUGUAAUCAAACAACUGGGUAUUGUACAUAUGAUUGCGGGAAUGGAUUUCGAGGUAAUUAUUGCAAUGAACGAUGCGAUGCUGCGUGCGCAGACAGCACCUGUGACAGGUAUUCGGGUGCUUGUGUAGGCAGCUGCGAUCCCGGAAAGUAUGGGGAAUUCUGCAAUUUGCCCUGUAACCCAAACUGUGCUACCGGGACUUGUCUAAAAGAAAAUGGCGUUUGCGUUGGUGGUUGUCGGGUUGGUUAUUAUGGAGUGAAAUGCGGUAUUGACUGUAGCAACCAGUGCUCAUCAUCUUGUGAUCAAACCUCGGGCUUUUGUGAUGGAGAUUGCAAGAAAGGGCAUUAUGGAAACUUUUGUGAAAUACCUUGUAGCGCCUUUUGUCAGAAUGAUACUUGUGAUAAGGUCACCGGUGCCUGCAGUACGGGAUGUAAAAAGGGAUAUUACGGAACCUAUUGUAACCAAACCUGUAGUUUAUGUGACGAUGCCGGAUGUGACGACGGUACAGGUGCAUGCUUAGCCAAUUGUGAUGUCGGCUAUUACGGUUCCCAUUGUACGUCGAUGUGUCAAAGCGGUUGUCAGGGCGCUUGCCAGAAAACGACUGGAAUUUGUUUGAAUUGUCCAAAUGGAUUCUACGGAGAUUACUGCCAACAAAAAUGUUUUAGCUGCGAUAAUUCCGGGUGUUCAAUAUUGGAUGGAACAUGCGCGGGCCUUUGUCUAAAUAAUUCGUACUACGGUCAGUACUGUGAGUCAGGCUGCGGUAGUAAUUGUAUAAACGGGACCUGUAACAAAGUCACGGGAGAUUGUAAUGCAUGUGAUCCAGGUUAUUAUGGUCCAAAAUGCACUUCACAAUGCAACGGUAAUUGUCAGCAGAAUACAUGCAGGAGACAAGACGGGUAUUGCACUUUUCCUUGCACAGAGCGGUAUUAUGGCCCAGCUUGCAAUCAGAUAUGUAGUGUCACUUGUAGUAACGGUUGCGAUAGAGUAAAUGGUAUAUGCAAUGCAUGCAUAAAUGGUCGGUACGGCGAUUACUGUGAUAAAACAUGUAACUCUUCUUGUGCAAAUGGUGUCUGUAACAAACAAGAUGGGAAAUGUAUCGGCUCCUGCAUACAAGGCUAUUAUGGGGAUUAUUGCUCCUUACCGUGCAGUACCUCUUGUGCUGGAGUUUGUAACAGAACAACGGCGUAUUGUAUUGGUGACUGUAAAACUGGACAUUAUGGGAAUCUUUGCGAAAACGACUGUAGUGUUGGAUGCCUGGGAGAGGUCUGUGCCAGGAGUAACGGUGUCUGCGGAAGCGGAUGCAAAGCGGGAUAUUGGGGAACCUACUGCAAUAGGACCUGUUCAUCUUGCGAUGCAAAUGGAUGUCAUCAAAAUAAUGGAACGUGUUUAUCGCAAUGCUUACCAGGGUAUUAUGGACCAGGGUGUUCUUUUAAUUGCAGUUCGACAUGUAAGGACAAUCGAUGCGAACGUUCGACAGGUUCUUGCUCUGAGUGCAACGACGGUUAUUAUGGAGACCGAUGUUCUUCUCUGUGCAGCACCGGGUGUAUUGAUAACGCGUGUACACAAUAUACGGGUGUGUGCAAAACUGGCUGUAAACCAGGAUAUUUUGGAACUAGUUGCGCCCGGAUAUGCGUAGGUUGCAGUGAAUGCUUCCGUGACACUGGCUACUGUGCAAAUUGCACUGCAGGGUAUUAUGGGACGAACUGUCAAUCUAGUUGCAGUUCAAACUGCAAGAUGUCUUCAGUUGGGCAACUUAUCUGUGAUAAGGAUUCCGGAGCAUGCGCCCAUCAAUGCAAAGAGGGUUGGUGGGGUGUCCAAUGUAAUGAUGCUUGCAAUAAUGCCGCCGGAUGUCAAAGUUCCGUAUGCGACCUUAAUACAGGUUUCUGUUUAACGUCGUGUAGCGAUGGUUAUUUCGGGGACCGUUGUGGAAAGUUAUGUAGUACCACUUGUGCAGGCAAAAUAUGUGAUAAAAGUUCUGGAAACUGUUUAAACGGUUGCAACAAUGGAUAUUACGGAGAGAGGUGCACUCAACAAUGUGGUAAAAAUUGUUCCUCUUGCGAUAUCCAGACAGGGAUUUGCAAUAUUUGCCUGAAAGGGAGAUACGGAGACAGUUGUCAUUUGAGCUGUAAUAGCAACUGCAAUGUCAGCAGCGGCAGUGAUCAAACAUGCUCCAAAAACACCGGGUUUUGUCUGCUAGGAUGUCGUCCUGGAUAUUUUGGCAACGAUUGUUCACAAUCAUGUCCAGGUAGUUGUAUUGAUGGUACCUGUAACAGAGCCAAUGGACAGUGUGAUAGGGAUUGCGAGAACGGGUUUUACGGACUCUUUUGUAAUAAUUCAUGUCCGAAUUGUUUAGAGGUCGACGGAGAUCCAAUGUGUCAUCGAACAACCGGCGUAUGUUCAAAUGGCUGCAAACUUGGCUUCUACAACGAUCAAUGCUCAAAAAUGUGCUCUUUGGAUUGCCAAUCCCAUGCAUGUUCUGGAACAGACAGAAAUUGUGCUAUUGGAUGUGUUCAGGGAUUGUUCGGUUCCGACUGCACAUCCAAAUGUAACCUCAACUGUAUCAACGAUAUUUGUGAACGAACAUCUGGUAAAUGCAUUGUGGGAUGCCGCCCGGGGUCGUAUGGAUCACUAUGUGACUUAAACUGCACUAAUGACGGAUGUCCAAGUGGAAACUGUGAUCGUCAAACAGGUGCUUGUCAGACAAGCUGUGUAGCGGGUUACUUUGGUACUUACUGUAACCUAACUUGUUCUCGCUGUGACAAUCUCGGCUGUGACAAGUCAACUGGAUCUUGCAUUGGAGCAUGCAAAUCUGGAUUCUACGGGGUAAACUGCGAACGUCCUUGCAGUCAAAACUGCGACAGUGUAAGCUGUGACAGAACAACUGGAAAGUGCACUGUAAAUUGCACAGCUGGGUGGUAUGGAGAACAAUGUAACCAGGCCUGUCAUUCUAAUUGUGAGCAAGGAAUAUGCGAACGUGAAUCGGGUAACUGUGAGAAAUGCACCCCUGGUCAUUAUGGAACGAAGUGCAGUCUCUUCUGUAGUUCUAACUGCAAUGUCUCUUUCUGCAAUCGCACAAAUGGGGCAUGUGAUGGAUGCGCGUCAGGUUGGAAUGGGGAUGCAUGCAAUGUCAGAUGUGGUGGAAAUUGUGAAAAUGACAUCUGUUCUCAGAAAACGGCUGACUGCUUGAGAUGCAAACCAGGAUUUUUUGGGGCAAAAUGCGAUUUAACUUGCUCUAAUUGCGCUGCAUUCAAUGGCCAGCCAAACUGCGAUCAAACAGAUGGUGUUUGCUUCAACAGAUGUAUCACAGGGUUUUAUGGCGAUAGAUGCACAGGUGUCUGCAACAACAACUGCAAAAAUAACAAGUGUGAAAGUACAUCAACGAAUUGUGUAGAGGGAUGCAAAAAUGGUUUUUAUGGACAAGACUGUCAAUCUGUUUGCAGUGUGAAUUGUCAAAAUUCAGAGUGUAACAAAGUGACUGGCGCCUGCCUUCAGAGCUGUAAAGCUGGGUGGUAUGGUUUAACAUGUUCCAAUCCAUGUAGCAGAGCUUGUGUAGAUGGUUUAUGCAGUGCUGGGGAUGGAGCAUGUUUAGCGUGCCCAGAUCAGUAUUACGGAGCGCAGUGCAGUCUAAGAUGUUCCUCAAACUGUAAAGGAGGUCUCUGUGGUAGGAAUGGAAGAUGUACAGAAUGUGUAUCCGGUUUUUAUGGCGACGUCUGUGCCCUAAAGUGCGGGAACUGUACAAACUGUAAUCGAGACAUAGGAUGCCAAGCCUGUCCAGUCGGUAGAUGGGGGAGCACUUGCUUGAAUACAUGCAAUACAAAUUGUUACCUAGACCAAUGCAAAAAAGAGGAUGGGACUUGUCAGUGCGACACCGGUUUUUAUGGUACUUCCUGUGAUAGAUCCUGCAGUAAUACAGAGCACUGUAUCGGUGCCGCGUGCGACCAAAUGACUGGUGAUUGUAGUGGGAAUUGUGUAAAUGGUUGGUACGGCGGUAGAUGCGAUCUGCUUUGUCCCACUCAGUGCAAAAAUAAUGACUGCAACCGACAAAAUGCUGUGUGCAGUGUCGGAUGCAAUCCCGGGUAUUAUGGUAGUCUCUGUACUGAGCCCUGUCCUGGUGGCUGUUUUGAGUGUAAUGCUGAUGGCGUGUGUUCGUCCUGUAAAAGUAACCGUUACGGAUCCGGAUGUUCUAAUCAGUGCAACGCAAACUGCGUGCAACCCACAGAUAAUUCAAGAGUAUGUGAUUUAACAACGGGAAGCUGCUCACAUGGAUGUCAAAGUGGUUACUACGGAUCGAGGUGCGAAAUGAAAUGUUCAAUAAAUUGCAAAUCCGCAUCUUGUGCUAGAGACACGGGGAGAUGUAUGGGUAUUUGUAAAGAAACCUUCUUUGGGUCCUUUUGCAAUGAAUCCUGCAAUGGAUGCAAUACGGUCGGAGGAACAAGUUGCGAACAGCCGACGGGACGGUGUCUACACGGAUGUAAGACCGGCUAUUACGGAACGUACUGUAGGGAUCAGUGUAGCGCCACCUGCCUUAACAGCAGAUGUGAGACAUCGAAAGAUAAUUGCCUCGAUGGGUGCAUUGCCGGGAAAUUUGGUUUUGACUGCAAACAGGAAUGUGAUGCCAAGUGCUUAGGUGGUACUUGCAUUCGAUCUUCCGGCACCUGUCAAAAUUGCGCGAGUGGAUUUGAAGGGCCGAGUUGCAGCCAAAGGUUAGUGUCGACCGACAACGACAAUUUACCUCUGAUUGUUGGCCUGUCUGCGGGGGGAGGUUUCCUGCUGAUUAUCAUUAUAGUAUGUGUAUUAUGUACACAGCAGUUACGAUCAAGGAGGCGUUUAGAAAAAUCGUUAGCGAUAAAAGCUUUCCAGGAACAAAACGGCUGGACGUUUGAUGACGAAAGACUACCCUCGGGUCAAUUUGAGAAAAUGAGUUCCUACAACGGAAGCAUGCACGGAAGUAUGCACGGCAGUAUGCACGGUAGUAUGCACGGGAGUCAGUUCCGGGGGAACCAGUACAUCGAAGAUACCAGGCGCAGUGAAAUUAGCUAUCCGUACGGAGAGGAAGGUUAUGACAACGUUUUGCUAGCAGGUGGUGACGUCACUGUGAGGGAGUUAAACCAAUAUGUGGCGAGAAUGUUAGCAACAGGUGGCGCUUUUGAAAAGGAACACAAGCGACUUCCUGUUGGACAAAUAGCGCCACACACAGAGGCCGUCAAAGAAGAAAACAUCAGUAAAAACAGAUACAAAAAUAUAUAUGCAUAUGACCACUCACGUGUUGUGCUGGCAGUGGAGGGGAACGAGAAGAUGACCAACUAUAUAAAUGCAAACUUCAUAAAUGGGUUUGCAAAGGAAAAAAGGUACAUUGCUGCACAAGGACCAACAGAGAGCACGGUGAAUGAUUUCUGGAGAAUGGUGUGGCAGACAAAAUGCUCAGUGAUCGUCAUGGUGACAAAACUGAUUGAAUGCGGUGUGAACAAGUGUCUCUCCUACUGGCCGACGGACAAAAACGAAUAUGAAAACGCAGGAAUCAGGGUUAAAUUCAAAAGAAAAGAGGAGUUUGCAGAUUUCAUCAUAACUUAUCUAACUCUUUAUAAGGAUUCAGACGAGCUUGAGGUUACCCACUGUCAAUUUACCACGUGGCCUGAUAAGGGCGUUCCCAGAUACGUCACGCCUCUUGUAGAAUUUCUACAUAAGAUCCGAUCAAUCCAAGAUGACUCGCCUCUACUAGUUCACUGCAGCGCCGGCGUAGGCAGGUCAGGGACAUUCAUUGCUGUGCAUUGCUUGUGCGAGAGAGCUGAAAAAGAACAAAAAGUGAACAUAUUCGACUGUGUGAAGACCAUGAGGGAACAGCGGAUCAACAUGGUGCAAACUCCAGAGCAAUACCGGUUUAUUCAUGAAUGUUUAUUAGAGGCACUCAUAUUGUCAAACUGCGUCGUGAAAUCGUCCAAAUUUAGACAAUACUUCACGCAAAUGAUGGAGAUACCGAAAGGUUCUACGAUUCGAAAACUAGAACAGCAAUUCCUAAAAAUAAAGUCGCUUUCUCAAUAUGCCGAGAGGGAUGAAAGCGCGCACCUGCCAGAGAACCAACCGAAAAAUAGAACGAAGAUAAUUGCUCAUGAUUCCUGUCGAGUAUUUUUGUGGUCGAGUGUUCAGGGAUGUAACGACUACAUCAACGCAAUAUAUUUACCGAACUAUAGACGAAGGUAUGCUUACAUAGUGACGGAGAUGCCCCAAGUACGUACCAUGAUUGAUUUCUGUAGACUUCUACAACAGGAGGAAUGUAGAACGAUUGUAAUGUUGAACAGUAGUCACACAGAUACACAGGAUGGAAAAUAUUGGGCAGAUCCCGGAAAAAGUGUUGUGUGUGGACCAUUUCGUAUUGCUGUGAAAGUCGUGUCUGAGGAAGAACACUUCGUCCGCAGGACUAUAGAUCUUCACUACAGCAUCGAGAGUGAACGAGACAGUAUUAACUUAGUAGAUGUGGAAGGCGUCGUGGAAAUACAGCAGUAUGAGAUAAAUUCCUGGAACAAUACGUCACCAAAUCCGGAUUCUGUGGCCCCGGUUUUAUCCGUUAUACACGAUAUGUUGCCAUGGCAAACUCAGACUGGCAAUCACCCUGUUUUAGUGCACUGCAAAAAUGGCGCCGAUCGUAGUGGACUCUUUUGUGUGUGUGCAGCGGCUGUAGAGAGGAUCUCCACCGAUGGAACCGUUGCGCUACCGUACACGCUUAAUCACAUGCGAGCGAGACGGAAAGAACUAGUUCCUUAUUUUACCCAAUACAAAUUCUGUCAUGACGUAGUGGACAGACAUAUAGCAAAGAUGUCACCACCUCCUUCAUAACGAGAACACAAUAUUUGUAUUAUUUGUGAUGUUGUCAAAAUAACAACGCUAUUACAUGGUGCUUGAAAUAUUAGAAUGUUUCUUUCAUUGUCUUGUUAGAAGAAAUAUAUAUAUCCAAAAAUGUUAUGGUGUUACAUGUGUGUAUUCUAAUAUGUUAUGUAUUAACUUGAGUUCAAGUUUUAUUAUUAGGCGAAGAGCAAUUAACAUUAAGGCUAAACCUUUCAUGUAAACGUGACCUUUGAACUUUCAUGCGUACACAUUUAUAUUUUAUUUUUUAUUUGUUUGUUUGGUUUUGUUUUUGCAAAGAACAAAGCUACCUUGACAAUUGUUUAACUACAUGCAUGGGCAUGGAUACACCCAAGGACACGCUGUAGAACAUUUUAAUACAUAUAUAUGGGAAACAAAACCUGGUAAUUGAAUGUUGGACCACGUGAGAAACCAGUAUUGCGCAAUACAAUCUGAAGGAAACACAUGUGUGAUAAAGGUUUAUAAGGUACAAAAUGUGUAACGAAAA